GAGCAGAGCGCGCUUAAGUCAGUUCAGUCUGAAGAAGAGCUUCCAAGUGGAUAGAGCUCCUUGUGUUUCGUGCGCUGCCAAGUCUUUGAAGGAGCUGACUUUGACUUUUGUUUGGCAGUGUCAAGUUCUACUGAUCAACUGACAGCGAAAGUUCGUUUCAGUUUCCGUGUUCGUUCAACGCAAAUUAACACUGGCUCGAGCCCGUGAAUUGAAUAGAUAGCCGUGUUGUCUCCGAAGUUGUUUGUGGCCUGGCGUUUUCGAAAGCGGCUUGGUUUGACCAAUGUUGAGGUGCAGUUUUCAUCUGAGAGGAAUGGGUGAAACGAAAGAGCAUCCUCGAUCAAUUGUGACGGUUCUGGUUUAAUGCGAAUGAGGAGUGUUUGUUCGACUGGAUCUGAACAAACGAACGAAGAACCAUUCGAUUCGAGGCGGAGAUGUGACGAGGGUCUUUAAUGACGAUGUUGUUCUUGCCUACUCCCCGUCUUGUUGUUGUCGUUGCUGUUGCUGCUGUGGUCGUUGGAGUUGCUCCUCCUGUUAUUAACAGCCACAACGUGGUGUUCUUGUGAAUUGUGAUGGUGGGAAGUAAUUACUGGACUCAAGAAGAGGUGACGGAAAGAGGAAGAAAACGAGAAGGAGGCAUUAUUGCCAUUGAAUUGGAAUGAGUGAGAAUUUGUCCAAAAUGGAUGACAAUCAUUGGAAGCCAAUGACUUCGUCCAAUCGAUCCCAGAGAAAUGACUUAAUCGCGACGUGAAUUUGAAUCCCACCCAAGAACGAUAAGAACCGAAGAGAGGGACGGACGGACGGGCGGUUGCGUGCGUCGUUUUUUUGUUUUGUUUAUGAGUCAAAUCUCUUCAGUUACACCAUUUAAUCCGGAGUAGUAAAUUUGCCUUUGACGCAGGAAGUCCGAUACCUCAAGACCUCUCUGUUAUCAUUGAACUAGUGUGCGUCCGUGUCAAGCUCGUUCGCCACAAAGUGGCUGAAAAACAAUUGAGAGACUGUCAACAACACAAGAGGGGUUUAAUGAACUUCGUAAUUCUUACAUGAAGUCGAGUGUGUAAUUGUUCCAACGCUUCAUCAUGUUUCAGAAACACAGUAUUAUGAGUCUGAAGAAGAAGAGCAAGUCCUUGGGACAUCUCACGGCCUUGGGCAGUCCCAACUUUGGCAGCCCCAAGAUGAAGAAGCAGAUCAGUUCGAAGAAUUUUAACAGCAGUGUGAGUGAAGCAGUGCAAGGCAAGCUUAAAUUCCUCAAUGGGCAUGACCUGAAGGCCCAUCAUGGCUCGCCCAUGAUCCAGUCUGGAUCCAACAACAAUCAGCAUCAUCCUCACCAUCACCAUCACUAUAUGCCUUCUAGAUCAACCACCGCCCUUAGUAUGGGUGGGUUGGCUUAUGAUGAGGCCAAUGGAAGACCCGCGGGUCAAUUUGAGGCGGGGACCUCCACCAAUUCGCCAGUGAGAGGAGCCAUCAAAACCACCACACCGAAGAAGCUCAAAGGUCUGGUGCGACAAAAGACCAACAACUCUAUGCCUAAUCCCAUGGCCAUGGGUCGGGCCAUCUUUCAGAAAGCCAAUAAUCUGACCCAUAAAACGUCCCAGAAUGGCCGAACCGAAUCCACGAUCGCGGACGUUUUCGGCAGCAAAGACGCCGGGCUCAUCCCCAACAAGCAUCGAACUUUCCUCAUGGACACACAAGUCAAAUACACUGUGGGUCUCCAAUCGCAAGAGCGGAAUCUGUUUCUCUUCAAUGAUCUUCUAUUGGUCGCCAAAGAGAGGUCAGCCAGUCACUUCAAACUAAAAGAUCAGAUCCCCUUAUCAGAUAUUUGGCUGUCCACGUGCAUUUCCGAGGUCUCUGAAGUCACUUUGGAUCCGACCACUUCAUUUGUGAUCGGGUGGCCAAUCACCAAUGCAGUCAUCACAUUCAGCUCGCCGUCCCAAAAGUCGUUAUGGUGGGAUAAACUUCGCGAACUUGUUGAGAAGGAGCGUUCGCACACGCCCCAAUCCACCAAUGUGCAAGUGACCUACUUUGACCAAGCCACCAAUUUUGAGCACAUGAAGAGCAUUUAUGUGAGUGUGGAGGAUUCGUCGCGCGAUUGUAUUCGAACGGCCUUGAAAGCCUUGGACCUCUUGGCUGCUGACCAGAAGGACACGGACUUUCAAUUGUGGGUUCGAACCAAGUUUGACGAGGCCCCCUAUCCCUUGAUUGGCCAUGAGCUGCCAUUGGUGAUCAAGUUGCAUUGGACGCGACAAGCGUUCAACUCUCGAAAUCAAAAAUCCUACGACGAAUACAAGGCGGGAUGCAGAUGCUCCUUCAUCCUAAGGAAAGUGGGACAGAUGCCGAAUUUGGACAUCAUCGGGUCUCAGAAGACCAAACUGAAAAAGGUCAAGUCUUCAAUCAAACUUCAGAACGUAUUCCGGCGCGUGUCUCAAGGGUCCAAAGCCAGUGACUUGGGGGUUGAUGGUUCAAAUCCGGGCAGUUCCCCAAAAUCAGACAAGAAAUUGGGCAAGCUCUUCUGUCUCCCAUUAGACGAAGUUUGUCCCAAUAACCUCAUGCCUAAAGCCAUCGAGGCCAUGCUAGUCCAGAUCCUAAAGGAGGGCCCAUCCACGGUGGGCAUCUUUCGUCGCUCUCCAAAUGCUCGGGCCAUGCGAGAAUUGCGCGAGAAGCUCGAUCAGAACGAAGUGGUGGACUUCACCGAAUGCUCCGUGUUUGUAACUGCGGCCUUACUCAAGGAUUUCCUCCGGUCUUUGCCCGACUGUUUGCUCAUGUGCGAGCAUUACAACACAUGGAAUCAAUUGGCCCAAGUUUUUGAAGACAACAAAAAUGUGGAAUCCAUCAAGAGCUUUAUCUCCACUUUGCCGAGGAUGAAUGGCUUGUUGCUACAACAUGUCUUGUACCUUCUCUUUCAAAUUGCUUCGCACUCCCAGGAAAACAUGAUGACUGCUUCAAAUUUGGCAAUUUGUGUGGGCCCGAGUAUUUUAUGGUCAUCCGAUAAUGCCGUGAUGAUGGAUCAACAAUUCUCGAAGCAAGUGUCUUGCGUGGCGCAAAUCCUUAUUGAGGAGUACAACACGUUGUACAAGGGUGAUCUGACUCCUUAUGCAUUUAGUGAACCUUCAGAUAAGACCAUCCACCAUCCUAGUCAAAAGUCCAGUCGAAAACUGUACGACAACUCAUCUUUGGAUAGCCUAUUGGAUGCCAAUCAUUUCGGGGAGAGUGAUCUUCUCCUGAGUCAACAAUCUGGCACAGAGGGAGUGAGUCUAACCAAUUUGAGUCAUGACUCCGGAUUGACCACUUCCGAUUCCCAACUAUACGCUUUUGAGGAGAACAACUCUCUUAGUUCGGACGAAUUUUGUAUCGAAAAUGUGGCCAAGGACAGACCUCAUAACAAUAAUAAUGGUAGUAGCAACAACAAACAUCGUAUCAUGCCCAAAUAUCCCACUUACAAUCAAGACCUGACCGGAGAUUUCAUCUUGCCGGGACAAGUUCCCAAUGGAUCGGUGAGAAGUGGAAAGCAAGGUUCCUCAAAGAUCCCGAUUCAUCAGAAUCAUUUCGCCAUUUCGAGCGGAGGAAGCAAGACUGGCAAACAUCGGGUCAUCAACAACCACCGGGACCGGAUCUACAAGCGUAUGCAGCGCCAUAAUAACACCAACAGUCAGUCCCACCCCAACGUCCCGACCACGCCCACCAGCCACUUUGGUUCGAAAUAUGCCUCGGGUAUUAACGAUGCGGACCAGGCCUUCAUGAUCGACACGACCAGUUUCACUCUGAGAAGAACUGCAUCGGAAGAGAGUGUGUCCCAUGGGCCUGCCCAAGUCUCGUCGGUUCCUUCUAGUAGUCGAAGCAGUCGCAGACGGCCAGUGGUUCAUAGAAAGGGUAAAGCACCAGCACCACCCAAUGAUGGGCCCUUCUUGUCGUCGAAUAUUGUCAGAUCGAACUCGGUGAACCAAGUUCGCGGCCGUGACAUGGAACACGGAAGUAAGCACCGAUCCUCAGAUUGGUACCGAUCCCGGAGCACGACCCGCUUGAACCACAACCCUCCUAAUCAACAUCAUCAUCAUCACCAUCACCACCAUCAUACUCAAGAUAUGACUAGCUCCUCGUGUUCCACACUGAGUGACGAAGAUUCCACUCCUCACGUGUCCCGGUCCAACUCAUAUGGUAAGACCGAAGAAACGAACCAGGGAUAUGCUUCUUCCACGAAGAUAACCAAUGACGGCUCCUAUGACAUCUAUCUCCAUGAUGACCAUUUGACGGUGGGCGGUGAGGCUUUCAUCACCACCACACCGGUGCCUAAAGGUACGCCCACUUCCAAUCCUAACUGUGAUACCCCUCCCGGCUAUGAGGAGACCAUUUCGAGACAGCGUUUGCUCAAGCAUUACAACCGCUCAAAUUCAUUUGUACUCUCAACGAGCAACAUCAGUCCCUCCCCUAAUACUACUUCGAGCCAGAAACGCCUAAGUGAGAUUCAAAACUCGAGUGCCAAGGCUCGAUUAUUCAACGAAUCCCCACAACCCCACGUGACGACCAGUGGGAAUCCACCGCCUUUACCUCCCAAGACUGAGCGGCCUCCACUGCCGCCCAAGCAACGAAUUAUGAGAUUAAGUGCCGAAGACACUUACGUGAACAGUGAUGAUCUGAAAUUACUCGAAGACGAGAAAGACAGCGAUGUGCUAGUGUACCCCAAUUUUACUCCGGCCCGGAUCCAUGUCAACCCAUCGCCAGUUCCAUUCGUGAACGGUGUCAAAGUGCCCCAACUACCUCCCAAAGAAAGCGCCAGUGGAAGUGAGAGUGACACGCCUCGGAAGGCGCGCAGGUCCGUGACCAAGAUUAAGGGUGUGACGGCCGCUUCGACCCAGACCAAAACCAUGUGCAAUGCCGAAACUCAGACCGAUGAGACGGACUUCUACCUUUUGUACGGCGAAGAUGAAUGGGAAGCAAUGCUGAAUGCCGAGGAACAAAUGAAUGAGGACUUCUCCGAGAGUCAUCGCUCACUCUCCCCAGAAUACUACCCGGCCUUCAACCGCGGGGCACCUCUGGACAACCCGGAAUAUAUCUCGCACAAUGGCAACCGGAACUCGGUUCCAGGUCAUUUGGUCAAUGGAACAUCCAUCACAGCGCCCACACGCAAUGCCACUUCUGUGCUAGAACUCCGUCAGGCCGGAAGACGAAAGUUGGAGCCCGUUCAGUCGGUUCCAUUAACUGCUAGUCAUGGGUCUGGCACGCCUGUGCCGGGCAAAUUGGGCGUGGCUGGAGUGGCUGGCGUGGCCGGUGUCGACCCGGUCAUCCAAGGCGAAAUCAAUUGGAGUGUCUCACAGCUCCGGUCAUUAUUCAAUCAGUCCGGCCAGGCCACCGCCAACGGCAGUCAGCACUCGCCUACUGGAGGUGGAUCCUCGUCGAGUGCCAGUUCCACAACGAGUCACUUAGGGGGCAGAUUCACUAAUGGCGAAUACAUCGAUUCCUCUUCGAGCGCCACCAAAGCUGUGGCGAGACAAAUUAUGCUUAACGGAGGAGUUAAUGCCAAUGGACACUCACUAUAUGAGGACCGUGGGAACAAGGCAUCCACGAUCUACUCAAGUAAAGACUGCGAGAACAACGACUUGGCCGAUGAUUCGGACCAAGAAUCGUAUGUGUAGAAUUAUGUUUCUUGCACAUGUCCCUAGUCAUGGAAGGAUGAUUUCCAUUCUUUUUGUUCUAAUGCUCCGCUCAAUAAUGACAUUGGCUCUUUAUGAAAACGUAUGUUAUUUUCUUUAGUAUUGUGUAUCCAUUAGCCACUUUGUUAUCAUUACUUAGAAAAAGCGAAAUGAAUUCUCCUUCCUUUGA